GCAUGAACGGAGGGGGGUAUGCUCUAGUAAAAAAAUCGCUUUUUUUUACUUUUCUCUAUGAUGAAUCAGAAUUUUAUAAAAAAAUCAAUUAGGGCCGACAAGCUCAUUGUUGUUUUAGUGGAUUAACACUCCCAUGUAGCAAGAAAUCAUUCUGGCAUAGUACAGUUUUCAAUAGCUGUGGGGCUUUAGUACGAAGAAGAAACCAAUCAGUUAUAGGUAUAUCCAUGAUAUAUCCUAGCACAUACAAAAUGGCGAUAGAUGUAGAUGACGCAAACUCAAGGAGUGGGAUUCAACCUGAGGCUUCCAGAAAUUGUUCUCUGUUUUGAAUUAAGGUAAUUUUCUCAACAAAAGAAAAUGAAAAAUUUGAGUCAUGCAAGACCAAAACUCAGAAAAAGGUUUCGAAAAAUUCUGUUCAUCAAUGCAUGAAGGACCUCUAGAUGCUUUUUCACUAUAAGAAGUGUUCUGCCUUCUAGCAACAAUAAGCACGUCACCACAGGAUGAUUCUUUUUAGAGAUGAUGCAGAAUAAAAUUUUGCUUACGUAUUCCAUUUUUUAUCGGAUCAGAUCAAAAUCCUGAGUCAUGAGCACUACCAAAACAAGUUGUUCUCAACGACAUUAACGUUGCGUUACUUUGAAACUUUGUUUUUAGUAUAUCCUCAGAUAAUACAUCAAUUUUGUUGACAGCUUGAAACGCACAUAUAGUUAAUCGGCUUUCCUUUAUUGUUCAGAGUUACACAAGCGGUCUUCAAAUGAAUCGUGUAUGUGUAUGUCAAGUAAUGCGGAUGCGGUGGUGCUGCUUUUCGAUGAUAUUGUGAGCACAGAUUUGAAUUUUGUUCUGAAAGAAAGAUUUCUUUGGAACACGAAAUUUUGUCUACAUUUUAGAGCAUUGAAUUGGCCAUUAAUGUUAGGUAUGUGCGUUAAGGGGGCAGUAAUGGGAUGCAUAUAACAGCUGCUGUUGCACAGUCUAUUUUAAGUUAACUGGCAAUGCCCAUUGACAUUAAUAUACAGAAAAUUUGUAGAGAGAAUUCUAUUGGCAAGAGUGCAUGUCUGUGCUGAUAAGAAGGUUUACUGCUACCAUACACAUCAUAGUGUUUUGUUUGAAAGACCGUUUGUUGUUAAUUUGUGGUAGUUCUAGUUGAAACAGUAGCAAAUCCACCUACUAUCUGUUCAACGGCAACUUGGUCUCGAAAUGCUGUCACCGUUGCAGGAGGUAAGGAAAGCGGUACAGCAUUAAAUCAACUGAGCUGGCCAAGUGAUAUCUUUGUGGAUGAUGACCGCAACGUAUUCGUUGCCGAUUUACACAAUUUCCGCAUCGUCAAAUAUUUGCAGGGAGAAACAACUGGGCAACUGAUCCUCAGCGGCCGCUCAUUUUCGCCUGUAGCUUUGUUUGUCGAUCAGAAUAAAAACCUUUAUGUUUCUGACACUAGUACCCACAGCGUGAAAAGGUGGGCCGAGGGAGUGACGGAUGGUGGUGAGUUAAUUCUUGAUAAUCGUACAAAUCAGUUCGUGGUACCUUAUGGGAUUUAUGUUGACAAAAGCGGCAUUCUCUACACAUCAGACUGGCAACAGCAUCAAGUGUUAAAAUGGAAUUUGAGUGAUUCAAGUAGGAGUUCUGUUGUCGCAGGCGGCCACGGUAACGGCUCUGCUUCAAACCAAUUGAACGAACCAGGGGGAAUAUGGGUGAAUGAAGCCGACGAGACCGUUUAUAUAGCUGAUACUGAAAAUCAUCGUAUUCAAAGAUGGUCACCAAGCUCAUCGACGGGUGUCACAGUAGCUGGAGGUAAUAAAAAUGGAACGAAUUUGAACCAGUUAAUAGAACCAUCAUCGGUCACUAUUGAUGGCAGCGGCAAUGUCUAUGUGAGUGAUAUAGAAAAUCAUCGUGUGAUGCAGUGGCCGGUUGGAAGUAAGGAAGGACGAAUAAUUGCCGGCACUACUGGUAGCGCAGGAACUGGCCCCGAUCAACUGAACCUUCCAGACGGUAUACAGUUCGAUAAAAUGGGUAAUUUAUAUGUGGCUGAUCUUGCAAAUGGGCGGGUACAAAUGUUUACAAUUAUUGGUAAUGACUGUAACGGUGGUAAGUCUCACUUAUAA